AAUUGUUUUGGGACGAAUCGUCUAAAUAAAACCAAAAUUUGACUUCUCUUGUGUAAAGCGUAUUAAUAUAUGUAUAAGGAUAAAUUCUUAACAAAAUACAGAUUUCGUCUAAAACAAACAAAACACACUUUAGAGACUCUGUAUGGGUGUUUUCUUGGUUUGUACGUUGAAACUAUUUUGACUUUCCCGGGAUACUCCAUUUUUAAAUUGGUAAUUUUGUUAACACGCGACUUCAAUCUGAAGAUUGCGGCUCCUUUUCUUUGUCGUCGUAUAAACUUAUCUGCCGGAAGUUCGCGGUAUCCAAGUAAACAACAUGGCGGAUGGUGGUAUGCAAAUCAUGGAUACUCAGCCAGUUGAGGAUGGAUUUGUCCACAUUAAUGGAGAGACUCAUGUCCUCAACUAUGACACUAACAUUUUAAAUCUUGAGCAGAACCGGGAAGUGUCCCCAGGUGCAGAUAUUGAGCCAGACAAUGAUAUAGUUACAGGAACAGAAUCUGCUGAUGAGGAAGAGGAGGAUAUUGAGUUAUCACCAGGUGGCAUUUUAGAUGAGGAAACAGUUGGUCGAGGACUAUCUAACCUUGGGCGUUCAGCAGAUGGGGCAAAACAGGUCUACCUGCACUGUACAAUACCUGGUUUCAACCUGAUAGAUAUACAGGCAAUUGCAAAUUAUACAGAACUCCAAAAAAUUGAAUUACCUUAUAAUCAAUUAACAGAUUUAUCACCACUAAGCAAUCUUCCAUUCCUGCUGAUUCUGGAUGCUUCUCACAACAAACUGACCACAGUGCUUGACUUCAAACCACCAAAGAACCUGAAAGAAGUGGACCUGUCAUUCAAUGAAAUUGAGGUCAUGACAGAUCUCUCAGCACACCAUUACCUCACUAAACUCAACAUAGACAACAACAACAUAAAGGACAUUAGAGGAUUAGAGAAGUGUUCUAGAUUGAAGCACCUGAGUCUGGCCCACAACAAAAUUGAAACCAUUCAAGGUCUAGAUUCCCUGCCAAUUCAUUACCUUAACCUGUGUCAUAACAAGCUAACACGGAUAGAAAACCUGGAAACUUUGAAGGUGAUACAGCAAAUUAACUUUUCUGGAAACAAGAUCCGUAGUUUGAAAGGGUUACAAGAUCAUGACCUACUUGAAUGUCUAGAUCUAGAGGACAAUGAGGUGAUUGACAUCACUGAAAUAAAGUACAUCAAAGAACUGCCAAUGUUGAGACAACUGAACUUGUUACGUAAUCCUAUACAAGAACUUCCUGACUACCGGCUCUCCAUACUCUUCCAAAUACAGCGGCUUACAGAGCUAGACAGACAUAAAGUGGAAGUAGAUGAAAAGGUUGCCUCAGUAAACAUGUUUAAUCCACCACCGGAGGUUAUCGCAGCCAGAGACCACAUCAUGCAUGUUGUCUACUCAUUUCUACAACCUAGUAGAGUCUGGGACAGUACCCUGCCAAGUAUAGAAACACCAUAUCCAAUGUUAGUUCUUGUUGGACCACAGGGGUCAGGGAAGAAGGACCUUGCUUUAAAACUUGUUGAGGAAUUCUCAGACUAUUUUGGAUAUGGAAUCUCCCACACAACAAGAAAGCCACAUAAAGAAGAAACAGCAGGGAAAGACUACCACUUUGUAACAGAAGAAAAGUUUGAAAUGGAUAUAAAAAUGGGCCAGUUUAUUCAGACUUACCAGUACAAUGGACAAUGGUAUGGACUACAGAUGGAAAGUAUAGAAUCUGUGGCCAGGGAGGGUCUGGCCUGUGUGGUCCACAUGGAACUGGAGGGAGUUUUAACGCUAAAGAACACAUACUUUGAGCCAAGGUAUGUUCUGGUAAUGCCCCUGACCGAGGAAUGCCAUGAGAAACGUCUGAGGGACAGGGGUAUCUACACGGAGAAGCAGAUAGAACAUACCUUAAUGAGAGCAGAUAUGUACAAGACUUACAACCAAAACCAUCCAGGAUUCUUUGAUAUGAUGAUCAAUGGUGGUCAAACUGAGGAGUCUGUAGAUGAUAUUCAGGAAGCCUAUAAGCGGUUAAGACGUCUGGUGAUGGAUUACCUCGGUAUUGGUGUGCCGUCCCCACCCUUGUCCGAUACUGGAGACAUGGCGACAGAUGUUCAGCGUGGUGACACAGAUCAGAACCUGACCACUCAGCUAGGGACCAGGACAUGGUCUAAGCCUAGUAUGUCAGAUACAAUGUCACAGACCUACAACCGUCCACGUGGAGCUCAGUCACCAAUUAUAUCUGGACGAGGCAUUGUGGAAGAAGCAUCACUGAAAAGAAGACAAAGUGCAGCAAAAGAAGCAGUGAUUGGGGCAGCACCGCCACUUUUUGAACAGUUACUUACAAGUUAUCCAAAGACAGCCCCUCAGAGUGUGGAGGGACAAGUCGGUCUUGGUGUGAGUGAACGGCAACUACCACAGACCCCAUCGCUCGUUUUCAGCUCCAAUUGUUAACAAACCAAAACGUCCAGGAUCUUCUGAC